AUGCUCAAGUUCGAGGCCAGGCAAAACAGGGCGGCGCAACUGCACACGACCACGUCCUUGGCCGAGGGCGGCAGCGUGACGAUGGACAUUGAUGGACAUCCGCACCUGCUCAUCGAUGGUGCCUACAAGGAGGGUGGAGGCCAGGUGCUGCGCAACACGUUCUCGCUGAGUGCACUACUCGGGCGGCCUAUCAAAGCCUUCAACAUUCGAGCCAAUCGCAACCGGCCGGGCCUCAUGGCGCAGCAUCUCACCGGCAUCCGUCUCGUGGCCGAGAUGUUUGAUGGAUGGCUCGACGGCGCCGAGCUGUGGUCGAGGGAGGUGGCCUUCAGGCCGGGCCGCUUCGUGGCCGACCGCAAGCAGUUCACCGGCGACACGGGCACCGCUGGGAGCGCAACGCUGCUGAUCCAGAUCUCGCUCCCUUGCCUCGUCUUUGCGCCCCGUGAGACCCCGCCGCAGGUGGACUACUGCGCCAUGGUGUUCAAGCCCAUCGUGCAGCGGAUGGGCGUCGAGUUCGACGUCGACAUCGAACGGAGAGGGUUCUUCCCGCUGGGCGGUGGUGUGGUGCACGUGCGAACGAAGCCGGUGCAGGACACCCUGCGACCCAUCACCAUGUGCGAACGCGGCAAGGUCAAAACGAUCCGCAUUCGAAGCUUUGUCGCGGGAACCAUCCCCAAGCACGUGGCCGAGAGGAUGAACGCCACCGCGCGAAAGAUGAUCACCGACUACCUCCGCAAGGCCGAUGAGGACCAGCGAGUCAGUGUGGAGGAGGAGAUCGUGGAGGAGACCGACAAGGCUGCUGUCGGCAACGGCACGGGUCUCAUCAUCACCGCCACCACCACCACCGGCUGCAUCUUUGGCGGCUCCGCGCUGGGCGAGCGGGGCAAGGCCGCGGAGAAGGUGGCCGAAGAGGCGGCGGCGAGCAUACUCAAGGACCUGCAGGAGGGCGGAUGCACGGAUGAAUACCUGCAGGACCAGCUGAUCAUCUUCAUGGCGCUGGCCAAGGGCACGUCCAAGAUCAAGACCGGACCGCUCUCGCUUCACACCGAGACGUCCAUCUUCUUCACUCAGCUUCUCACCGGCGCGACGUUCAAGGUGACGAAGGCCGACGACGCGGUGAACGCCUACUACAUCCAGUGCGAGGGCAUUGGCUUUGUCAACCCUCACUUCCAAACCACGCCACCCGUCGUGGCUACCGCGCCUGCGCCCACCAGCGCUUCCGUCCCAUCAUCAGCACACCCAGCAAAUGAAGAAGAGGAAGAGGAGGCGAUGGAGUGA